CAUUUCUUCAUCAGUCUAUUCAGAGUCUCGAUCAGCUCUCUUUUCUUGAUUUUAAUUUAUCUCAACAUAAUUGCAGACUUAAAAAGUACAAAUAGUUGCCAAUUGACAUGCUCGAAUUUAAAGAUAAAAGUUAUUUAAGCAGCAAUCCCCAAUAAAAUUUCUUUAAAUUCAGUAUUUAACGGAUACUCGGCAAGAGCGGUUCAUUUUGUUCAUUCGCUGCAUCACGGUUAUUGAAUAAUUGACUCAUCACUCAUUACUGAUUCAACUGGUGCCAUUAACGUUUCUCACUGUCGCUUUAAACAUUUGUUGCGCUCUAUUACGAUAUUUUUAUUUUAAAUAAAUAUUUUUAGUUUUAAAUAUGCUUAAUGCGGGUAAAUUGGUCCUAGGAAUUGAUUUGGGCACCACUUCAGUUAAAGUUAUUAUCUUAUCGACGGAAACAAAGCAAAUAAUCGCUAAGCAGUCGAAAGAACCCCAGGCCAAUGUGCCAAGUGAUCUUGGAAUAGAAGGUAAUAAACAGGAUGUACCAAAAAUCUUAUCUGCUGUUCAUAACUGCGUUUCUAGGCUGCCUAAAGAUUUACUCAGACAGGUAAAAAGCAUAGGAAUAUGCGGACAAAUGCACGGCGUUGCAUUGUGGAAAACAACCGGAUCACCGGAAAAAGAAGACGGUACAUUCAAAUUAGAAAUAGACCGGCAAAGUGUAUCUCAUUUGUAUACAUGGCAAGAUGCACGGUGUGAUAAAAUCUUUUUGAGUACAUUACCGCAAUCUAAAAGUCAUUUGCCAGUGCAUACGGGCUUUGGAUGUGCUACUUUAUUCUGGUUCGCUCGCAACAAGCCGGAAAAACUACAAAAAUACGACCGGUGUGGUACAGUUCAAGAUUUGUUGGUGAAUUUAUUGACUGGAAGCGAUGAAAUUACUAUGAGCACCCAGAAUGCUGCCAGCUGGGGCUACUUUUUGACUGAUCAAGCUAAGUGGGAGACUGAGUUGAUGGCUAAUGCGGGAUUUCCAGUAAACUUGUUACCCAAGAGUAUUCUAAAACCUGGACAAGUCGCUGGGAAAUUAAGACAUCCUUGGUUUGGAAUUCCCGCAGGUGUUCCUAUAGGUGUUGCAUUGGGUGACCUUCAGUGUUCAGUACUUGCAUUAUUGAAGGAACCUGACGAAGCAGUGCUAAAUAUUUCAACUUCUGCUCAGUUCACCUACGUUCAUCCUUCAUUUGACCCCAAUGAUUGUCCAGAAUCAGGUAGCAUAGAAUACUUUCCGUACUUUAAUGACAAGUAUUUAGCCGUUGCUGCUUCGAUGAAUGGUGGAAAUACCCUAGCGACUUUUGUCAAGACUUUGCAGCACUGGGCAAUGGAUCUAGGCUUCUCAGUUCCGCAAUCUAAAGUUUGGGAAAAGUUGAUUGCGUUGGGACAAGAAGAGUCUGCAGUAAGUACGAUGGAAAUAGAACCACUUCUUUUGGGCGAACGCUACGACCCAGAUAAAACAGCAAGUGUCACAGGAAUAACUCUUAAUUCUCUUACUUUGGGGAGUGUUUUUCGAUCACUUUGCUCUGGUGUAAUCCGCAACCUUCAUAAUAUGAUGUCACAGGACUUGUUGAAAGCAAAAGGUAUAAAACGUAUAGUAGGAAACGGCUCUGGACUAGUGCGUAAUCCAGUCUUACAAAAAGAAGUUACAAAUUGGUACAAACUACCCUUAGAACUAGGACAAUCCGGAGACGCAGCAUUCGGCGCAGCCUUAGCAGCUCUCGCUUCAAAUUAAAUAUACAUUAAUUUA